AUGCUCACGUUGUUGUUCUUGUGUUUGUUGAAGACUUGUGACUCUAUGUAUUAUGGUAAAGUUGGGAGUCCCGGAUGCCUUAUGUAUAAUGGAACAUGUGUGGAUCACUGUCCAGAACACAUGCAUAGAUUGAACAGCGAAUGCCGUCCGACUCCAUCGCAACGCACUUGCGACGAACCAGUCGCAUUAUCAAUGGGCACGAUUUGCGACUGGUCGCGGUGUGACUGCGACUUUCCAUUCGUCCUCCACCUUCCUUCAGGAUAUUGCUUCGCAUAUGAAGAUUGCCCGUACACUGGCCACUGUCCCUUGCUCAAGUUUCGAUAUGGAAAAUGCUAUGGGGAUAACACUAGGCAAAUUCUUCGUGAAAUACGAUCAAAGGGUCUCUUCAAUAAGCCAUUGGAAUAUCGUCCAAGGGACAACUACGAAUUGGAGAAUAUGCCACGACUCGACGCAAAACGCAACGUCUACGACGGUUUAAAGCAUCGUCAACCGACAUAUUUGACUGGAUAUACGGGAUACGUGCCUGGGAUGAACUUUGCGUACGGUAAAUCCUACGGCCGCACGGCAGAUGAUUGCAUGGCAGACUUCUCGCGAAAUCAACGUCAAUUGAAGCGGAAGGCAGAUUUGAAUAAAAGCUAUGUGCGAUCUCGAAGCGCACCUAAAAUGGAAACUAUUCACUCGAGAGACGAGAUCAGAAGAGAUCUCAACAGAUUUACCGAGAUAAAUAAGUAUAAGGAAAAUACAAUAUCACCGGAGUUCCCACCCAUCGCUGGCUACACAGGUCAUAUACCACGCAUUAAGGGAUCAGAGGCAUCUCUAAGCCAACGAUAUCACUGUGCCGCAAAACGCGGAUUGGAACUCAUACAAAUUGAACGAGAAAAUCGAAAAGAACUUCAAAACGCCGACGCAAAUAUCCGAGCCAUUAUCAAACCCAACGACAAGAAAUACUCUUAUUGGAAUUGGGGAUAG